AUUUAUUCUAGAUACAUAACACAAAAAUAAUAAUCUUUCUUUCGAAUAUACAUACAUAAGUGAUUGUAAUCAUUCAAGCAGUAACUAUUCAUGAUGUCUUAAAGUCAUCCAUUUUACGUCUGAACGUUUUAAAGAUAUCGUAGUGUGUAUAUUUUUGUACAUUCUUUAACAAUAACGUAAGACGAAAUACAGAAAAUGGAAUAUACUUUAGAUGAUGCUUUUCAAACGUUAAAAGAUAUACAGUCGGAACGAACAAAAGAAAUAGAAGAUUUAAUAGAUACAUUGUCAGAAAAUAGUCCAGUAUCUUUCAAGAGGAACAGCAAUUUAGAGGAAAUACGGAAGAAGCAACACAAAUGUUGCAAACAUUUAUUAAAUCAGGUUUUUGAAGAAAAACCUAAAGAUUUUCCUAUACUUAAGACAUCUGAUUUACAUGUUGAAGUUUUGAAAGAACUAGAAGAGGAAGUCCAGACAGCAAAAAAGUUUCUGGAAAGCUUGCAAGAGUAUCAAUCAUUUAUCGAAGAUGAUAUAUCUUAUUUGGAAAACAAGAAAAUAGGAUUAGAAAAAAUGAAACAAGCUUAUUUAGAACACAGUGAAAUGAUAGACAAUACAUCAUAUACUAGAGAAAAUGUUUUAUUAAAACAGAUAUUUAAUUCUGUAAAGAAGGAUUUGCAGACUGUUGUAAGUACAAUUUUUCCUGACAACAAGACAAUAACAGAUUUUUUAGCUAAACUAACAACAUCAUAUUUAAGUGGUGGAGAUGAUGUGUAUGUAGACAUUUUACCAGAACAGGAAUUGCAUUUCACAAAUUUCUUAAUUGAAGCUGACAUCAUCAUGCAUCAUAGGAAUGAUAAAAAUAAAGUUAGAUUAAUGGAUAUGUUAUAA